AUGAUGGUCCCUCCGGGGGCUGUGCCCAUGGUGCAGCCCAGCAUCGGUCCUGCGAUGCCUUCGACAUUGACGCCGACCGGUGCUGCACAGGCUGCUGCCCUGGGCGCUUCCACGCAGAAGGCACCGAACGAGCGCAAGGCUGCGUCCGUGACGCUGCGCAAGGCUUCCGGCAAAGUUUGGAGAGAUCCGACGCUGGAUGACUGGCCCAAGGAGGACUACAGGCUCUUCUGCGGAGACUUGGGUAACGAGGUCACGGACGACCUGUUGGCGAACGCCUUCCGAAAGUACAGCUCCUUCCAGAAGGCCAAGGUGAUCCGAGAUAAGCGUACCGGUAAAACCAAAGGCUACGGCUUCGUGUCGUUCUCCGCCCCUGAGGACAUGGUGGCGGCCUUGCGAGAUGUGAACGGCCGAUAUGUUGGCAAUCGACCCGUGCGCCUGAAGAAGAGCAACUGGAAGGACAAGGGCCUGGAUUCGGAGAAGAACGGGGCUUCUAUGCUGAGAAAGCUGAGUUAUUGCAUUCCGCAAGACUCGAAGAAGCUGCAGAAGUUCAAGAAGCUGAAGAUCAAGCAGGACCCGAAUAUCCAGAAGGAGCGUGUGAAGCUGGCGCGCCAGCAGGAGGAGUUGGCGAACUUGGCCCGCAAGAAGAAGUGA